AUGGGAAAAUCUGUUAAGAGCAGACGGCGUCAAAAGGCUAAAAAGUCAUCUUGUCUCGAGAAGAGCUCUGCGGCCCGAAGGGAGCUCGCAAGUUUGAUUGACAACGUAAGGCUGGAAAGAAAUCCAGAGAAGCAUGAUAUGCAAAUCACGAGCCCGAGCACGUUCCAUGAAGACGUUGUGCCAGACCAAUUCAAAGCUGUUUUCGCCAAGUUCCAGGUGCAGAGCGAGCCCGAGAAGCCAGACUCCCUUAGUUCAAGGUCUCGCGACAGCGACGCUGUUGCGGAUAGCCGUAACAAUGAAAUGUUUCCUGAUUCAAAGUCUGCUAUAACAACUGAUGAAAAAACUAAAGUCUCUAAAAAAAAGCUGCGAAAGCUUAGCAAGCCUGCUCUUUCGGAGCUCAAAUCCGUCGUAGUGUACCCGGAGGUUAUUCAGUGGUACGACUGCGACGCCCCGGAUCCCGUGUUACUCUCAAAGAUAAAGUCUCAGAAAAACGUUGUUCAAGUUCCGGGUCAUUGGCAGUUAAAGAGAGAAUAUCUCUCCGGCAGGUCGGUUGUGGCCAAAAGGCCCUUCGAAUUACCAGACGUUAUACGGCAGACAAAUAUUGAAGAAAUGCGCAGCACGCUGCCAGCGCAAGACGAACCCAACGAGAAAACGCUAAAAGAGUCUUCUAGAGCAAGAAUUCGCCCCAAGCUUGGCAGUUUGGAUUUAGACUACCGUAAGCUUCACGACGCUUUUUUUAAGUUAGGCGCACACUGGAAGCCAGACCUAAUGCUUCCGUAUGGAGAUCUAUUUUACGAAAAUAGAAAUCUAGAAGAGGAGACAAAAUGGUCCCUGAUGGAGAAGGAAAAACGCCCAGGAACAAUUGGGAAGGAUCUGAGGACAGCUCUAGGAUUACCGGAGGGAAAGCUGCCGCCAUGGUGUUACAAAUUCAAGGAGUUAGGAAUGCCACCAUCUUAUCCCGGCUAUAAAGUCGCCGGUAUAAACUGGGACAUAUCAAAUUUACGGGGUGACGUCUAUGGCACCUUGGGAACAAAACUGAAAACUCAAAGGGAAUCUGAGCUUUUUGGAAAAAUGGUUAAGGCCGAUGAUAGCGAAGGAGGCUCAGAAAAUGAGGUUGGUGAUGCUGUCGACGAAGAGAAGGAUAUAGCGCACUUAAGAAACGAAGACGCUGACACUCUGAGCGACGCUAAAGAAGCACAGAGACAACAAGAGCUGGAGGCAAAGAUAAAAGCUGAAAGCAUGAAGGAGGUCCUCAAGCGCAGACAAGCACAUGCUAAACAACAAAAUUCAGAUGCUCCGAAGAGGCUUUACUCUAUCAUUGAACAGAAAGAAGGUUCAAAUGGCCCAGGCAGUGUUGAAGGUAACGUCCUUUAUGACAUCAAGGGAUCUAGAUAUGGGAAAGAGGAAAGUCCCAGCGAAAAUGAGAACAAGAAACAACGCACUAUUCAAACAAAUGAGCGAGAUGUGACUGAAACCUUUAAGUUCUAG